AUGAACAUAGGAGCCGAAGCACCAAUAGACCAAGUGGCUGUAAGAGCAAAUGAAGACGUCGAAGGGGAGAAUCCCCCAAAUGAAGAGGUGAGGCCCCGAAACGAGGAUGCCCCUGCUCCUGCUCCAGAAGAAGAAGAUGGAAGCCAAGAAAACCAACGACCUGAAAACGAGAAUGCUGCUCCGGAAGAAGAUGAUGGGAACGAAGAAAACCAUCAGCCCCAAAACGAGGAUGCUGCUCCUGCGGCAGAAGAAGAUGAUGCGAACGAAGAAAAUCAGCAGCAACGUCCAGUGCCCCCUCCAGUGGAUCGGUCCAUAGACCUUACAAAUCAAGAACGCCAAUGGGCUCGGACCAUCAAAGCAGCCAUUGAGAGCUGCCCUGAUCUGGACAAACUCUCUGAUUUUGAGUACUGCCAGUUGGCAAUUAUUGAUCAGGGUAAUGUGGGAGCUGCUGUUGACAGAGCCGUAUCCUUACAGGGAUUUCGGCAGGAAUAUGAUAUUCCAAAUACUCUGGAAGAUGCACUAGUGGCUUUGCGCAACCAUGUAUUAUUGAUGCCCCAAUUAUUCCUUUUUUUCGACUACAACCACUCCUCUGGUGGAUACACCCUUAUUGAAGAUAUGAGAGGCUGUGAUCUGCAGAUACUGAGAACAGAGAAAGGUUGGAAAACACAUGUUGCAGGCCUCUACUAUAUGUUGCAUGCCAUGGGCCCAGACUUCCACAGUAUUCGAACUGGGAUCACAUAUGUGUUUGAGUGUGAUAGAUUCAGUUUGGCCUCCAACUUGGACUUCAAGAUUACAAAGAAGGUCUGCACAGAUGUGUUCUGUGUGUACCCUUUUACCACUCACAAGCUGAACUUCUUUCAUACUGGCCUCUUUGCCAACAUGCUGAUCUCCUCAUGUCGCACGGUGUUGCCCAAGUCAAUUGCUUCCAAAUUCCAUGUUGGUUGUGUGUUCCCUGAUGGUCGCUUGAGCCAAUUUUACAAUACACCUGAUCCACAAACUGCAAUGGAACGAACAAUCGGGAACAUGCAAAAGAGUGUUCGGAGACGAUACGCAAUGCAAGCUGCGUUUCAAGUGGAUUGCACUAAUCAUAUGUAA